AUUGUGAAGCUGUGCUUAUCUUACUUCCUUGCUCUUGGUUAAAAGUUCCCGUGUGAGUAAGCUCGGCCGUGGUCUCCUGGAGCUCCCACACGCUGUCACGGCCACCGCACAGCUCUCGCACUGCUACACAAGUGUCUAACUGGUUGGAAGCUAAAACAAAGUCUCCUGGUGGAAAGGACGCAAUGGGAGACUGCAGUGACCUUGACCGCCAGAUUGAGCAGCUGCGGCGGUGUGAGGUCAUAAAGGAGGCAGAAGUUAAAGCUCUUUGUGCCAAGGCCAGAGAAAUUCUUGUAGAAGAAAGCAAUGUACAGAGAGUCGACUCGCCUGUUACGGUAUGUGGGGAUAUUCAUGGCCAGUUUUAUGAUCUGAAAGAAUUGUUUAAGGUUGGAGGAGACGUACCGGAUACUAACUAUCUCUUUAUGGGAGACUUUGUCGACAGAGGUUUCUACAGUGUAGAGACUUUUCUGCUCCUUUUAGCGUUAAAGGUACGAUAUCCUGACAGAAUAACGUUGAUUAGAGGUAAUCAUGAAUCGAGACAAAUAACUCAAGUUUAUGGCUUUUAUGAUGAAUGUCUAAGAAAAUAUGGUUCUAUCACAGUUUGGCGGUAUUGCACAGAAAUUUUUGAUUACCUCUCAUUAUCAGCUAUUAUUGACGGAAAGAUAUUUUGUGUACAUGGUGGUUUAUCGCCAAGUAUCCAAACGCUAGACCAAAUUCGUACUAUUGAUCGAAAACAAGAAGUACCUCAUGAUGGCCCGAUGUGUGAUCUCUUAUGGUCUGACCCUGAAGAUACACAAGGGUGGGGUGUGAGUCCACGAGGCGCAGGCUACCUCUUUGGCUCGGAUGUGGUAGCACAGUUCAACGACACCAAUGGCAUUGACAUGAUAUGUCGUGCACAUCAGUUAGUGAUGGAAGGCUAUAAAUGGCACUUUAACAACACUGUUUUAACAGUGUGGUCUGCACCAAAUUAUUGCUACAGAUGUGGUAACGUAGCAGCCAUCCUGGAGCUUGAUGAAAACCUAAAGCGAGAUUUCACCAUAUUUGAAGCAGCACCCCAAGAGAGUAGAGGAAUUCCAGCAAAGAAACCUCAAGCAGACUACUUCCUUUAGAAUGACAUUAAAUAAUUGAACUAUGGUGUUCCACAAAAUAUUUUUUGUAUAUGGGUCAGUGUGUGUGUGGUUGUAAACCUGAAUUAUACCUGGGCUCUGCUAGUUAGAGGAUGCUGAAGCAAAAAUGGAUUUUGAGAAUGUACUGUACAUGAACAUGGAUACAAGAAAUGGCUAUUGGAAUUUCCAUUUCACAAUGCAUUGUAAAUUAUUCAUUGAUGUAUUAAUACUGUAUUCCAAUGGUUGCUUGUUUUGGUCAAUUGCCGUGUUCAAUGAAUUAUUGGUGUGCUGUACUGGCAUUUUUUGGGAUCCUCUAAUGGAAUAGUUAAACUUCGUUUCUUAAGUACAUGUAUGAUCAUUAUUUGUGAAGCAGUCAAAUUUAGCUAAAUAUCGUCACUGUUGGGUUUCCUGUUGCCAUUUGACCUGGCAAGUUGUCUUGCAUGUUUAACAUAAAUAUCAUUAGUGCAAUUACGAUGGCAGAGCUCCUACUAAUUACUGUGUAUGGGGCAGAUGUUAUAUUUUGCACAUUUGGAAUUAUAUUAAAUGUGUGCUAAAGUAAUUUUGAUUAUAGCUGGAACCAUAAUGUUUCUUGUAUACUGAAUGAACAUAUCCAACAGCAGCUGACCAAGGUAAAAAUAAACUGUUAAGGUGUCAAAGCAAGAAGAAAUGCUGUGCCUCACUGGAAAGAAGGAACAUUUGGACCUAAGGCUUGGAUCAGCCUGGUUAGUGGCAACUUGAAAAGAAAAAAGUUGUUCUAUUUAUCUGUAUGUAAGUCAGUUUUAGAAAUGAGAACAUUUUAAAAUUAACCCUGAUGAGCUAAUAUUUCCCAUCUAAACUUUUUUUUAUGCUGUGAAAUUAGGUAAAAGGGGAAAUACCCUUUUUGCUUUAAGGUGAUCAUUGGGUUAAGUAACUUGCUGGACAAGUGAUGAUGAAUGUUAAUGUUGUGUGCAAUCAUUAGCAGGAAGAUCAGACAUUAUAAAUGUUUUGCUUCCAUUAUACGCAUCUUAAAAUAUGUAAAGAAUAAAAUUAAAUUGUGGCACUGUUGUCAAAGGACCAAACCUUUUAUGACCUUGUGGGAACCCAUUAUGAAAGCUCGUGUGUGUAUAUAAACCAUAUGGUUAUAUGGUAAUAUUUAUCUGCUGUAAUCACUUCAUGAUUAAUCUUCAUCUGUAAAUGAAGCAUAGCUCAUUGUUCAUCGUAAUCAAUACCCAUUUAGUCAACGACAUGAUUUAAAGCCCUUGAGAUGUGAAGCACUUGCAACUGAACAUUCCACAUGCGAGCCAGUAUAGCAAAGUUUGUCCAUGAGAGGACGUGUGAAGAGCAUCGGUUUACAAGAAUACUGUAUAUAUAUUGAUAGUAAGUGAUCUUCAGAAAUUAAUGUAUCUACAUCAUUUACUAAUGUGAUUACCAAAAGCCUUUAGAUAUUUAGUCAAAACACCAUCUGAAUUAGAAAAAUUGGUUCCUAUCCUAGUGUUCUUAUUUAAAAUACACUAAUUAGCAUUAAAUUUGCUGAGUUUAUAAAUGCAGUAGUAACUAAUACUGUACUUUCAAUUUUUUUUUUUCCAAGUGACUGCUGCUUAAAUAGUACACUGAAUGGCUUCUAUUAUUCAAGUACUGUUUAGUUGCAAAUGCAAAUAGUCCUUUGCAAACGGUGAAAAGUUAAAAAGUAAACACACAGGAUGAAUCCAUGAUGUAUUAUGGUUACAUAUUUUUGUGAAACAAGAAUGCUAUUGCAGGGUCAUAUUUAGGCAUUUUAAUUCUGCCUUUGUGUACUAGCAUUGUAAUAUUAAGAUAGUGUAAUCCUGUCAAAUUUUAGUUAAAUAUGUUCAUGUGGAAGUGAAGAAAUUCCAUCUUUGUAACUGCACUCAAUUGGCUAAUGAAAUAGUGCUAUGUUUGUAUAAAUUUUAAAUUUAUUGUUCACCUUGUUAACGUGAUUGUAGUAGUCAUUAUAGCUGGCUAUAAAGUAAAUUUUGUUACAGUAAUUGUAGGUCAUAAUAAUGAUGAUAGUCAUGAACCUGAUCAUUCUUUUUAUAUAAAAAAGCACAUCUAAACCUUGAUACUUACUGAUUAUAUUUUAAGCGUCAAACAUAUUCUGCACAAUUUGCAAUAAUUGAUUAAACAUAGAUAUAAUGUCAUAAUGAAGUGGAUUGUGUAACAAGUUUUGUAUUGGAAAUAUGAAUGUCAUGUAUGUAGCAAUGAAACGAGCACAAAUUUGAAAAAUCGGUAAUGUAGGCUUUAGAUACAUAGUGACUUAGAUGGCAUAACAAAGAAUGCAAGUCUCCUAGGUUUAGUGAUGCUAGCAUGAUGAUUCUUGAUCUUCUGGUAAUUUUAUUUUAUAGGGAAGGUCUUUGGUCAGGAUACAAAAAAGAUUGGACAAGACAACUUCACAUAUAUUGUCUUUGCCUGUUUCAUGUGGAUUAUUGACGAUGGUUUAUUGCAGUCAUUGUGUGAAGUGUUGAAUUUUUAAAGUAAAGUGUGUAGAAGAGACGAGGCACAUAGCAUGUAGGUAGGUGUAGAAUUUAAUCAGAUCAUUGAAACUUGUUGCUGCUGGAGGUUCAGUUGUGGGAUCUUCUGUAAUGCCAUAGCCACCACACCACUUGCCCCAACCCUUGACUGGAUGCCCGGAUCAUCUGACCCUUGGUCAUUCUGUAAUAUGACCCAGUAUUUGAAUGUUGUGUAUUGUACAAAAGAAAUGAAUGCUCACAUACCCCAAUUAUGAAAAGCCUGUUGGCUGUCUCAUUACAAUGGAUAUGAGAUGGACUGUACAUAUGGAUCAGGAUUUUUUUACAUUGCAAGUUCUUAGUGUUCAGCAUGCAUCAAACUUUGUGGAAAAUGUGGGAAACAAGAUUAUAUUUGCCGUUGUUCAUAAUGUGGGCUCCCGUGCAAUUACAGAUUUGCAAACUCUACCAUUGUCAGCCAUGAUUAUGCAUCUCUCGUGCAUAUUAUUAAACUCUUGUAUAUAGUAUACAAGUAUACAGCAAAUCAAGGUCAGUUUCCUUGUGAAAGUUAUGUAUAUUCUCUUACAGGAGUCUUCAAUAUUUGCAUUGUGUAGAAUGAAUAAACAUUUAUUUUC